AUGAAUUCAAACUCAGAAAUCUUAGAACUCUAAUCCUAAGCCAUUCCUUUAGUGAGCUUUGAUUCCAAGACUUAAAAAUUUAGUUUGAACCCUGAUGCAGUAGAAAUCAUUCACACUAAAUUCAUGAAUGGGCCAUUAAAGAUUAUUUCAGUGAUUGGAAUGUAUCGCACUGGCAAAUCAUUUCUACUCAAUCAACUUAUUAACUAGUCCUCACCCACUAAUAUCGCUCUUGAUAGUUCAUCUGUUAAUCAGUUUAAGAGAAAUGGAAGUCUGAUUUAAAAGCAGGCCUCAGGCUUCUAGACUUGUGAUACCAUUAAUUCUUGCACAAAGGGUUUGUGGAUGUGGAGUGAACCAGCUAAUGCAUUGUCGAAUUCCAACGAGCAAGUAUUACUAAUAGAUACCGAGGGACUUGGCUCACUAGAAGAGGACUCAAAUCAUGAUGCUAAGAUAUUUGCCUUAGCUCUUAUGGUCAGCAGUCUUAUUGUUUACAACUCAGUUGGAAGUAUUGAUGAUGAAGCCAUUCAAAGAUUAGGUUUAGUAAUUAAAUUGUCAAAGUAUGUCGAUUUAGAUGAAUUGAGAUAGACUCCCAGGCUAUUAUGGCUUCUAAGAGAUUUCUCACUUUAAUUGCAAAACGAAUAAAAGGAGGAAAUUACUGCUAAUCAAUACUUGCAAUUAGCUCUCAAAGAUUAGAAGGGUAUUUCAGAAACUAUAAUGAACAAGAAUAGAAUUAAGAAAGAUUUCAAAGACCAAUUAGAACAGCUAAAAGUAUAGAUAAGGAAAAGUGAGUCAAGUCAAAUCAUGAAAAAUGGCAAAAUCUUUACAAGUCUAUUGUAAGAGUGUUGUGAUGCGUUAAAUGGAGGCAGAUUCCCAAGACUCAAGACUACCUGGGAUUAUAUAGUCCAAGAGGAGAACUAAAAACUUAUGUCAGAGACUAUAAUGAAGUAUUAAAGUCAAAUAUUAUAUGAGGGGACUGAUGAUGAAAGUGAGGGAAUUUUGACUGUAGAUGAGCUAAUAGAUAGUUACUUCUCCAAGUGCUAUGGACUUGAUGAUCCAGCAUAAAUUAGAUUCUAUGAGAAAUAACUAAGAUCUGAGCUGUAAAAGGUAAAGAAAGAAACCAAAUUUGUCAAAAAGUAACAAUAGUAAUCUAAAUUAGAGUAAAGAUGGUAAUAAAUUAGCUAUCUGCUAGAUAAAGACUGCAAAGAUGUCUAUUUAAAUCUUAACUAAGAUGAAAUAGCAUUAAAGAUUAAUACUUAUCUGGCCAAUGAAUUACAAAUACCCUCACUUGAUUUUAACAUGACAAUACUCUAGUAGAUCUGGAGCUCUCUUCUAGGUGUGCAACUUUAGCAGCAGCGAGAUGAUUCUCUCUAGUUCUAAUAGCAAAUUAGAAAUCUUAAGGAAACUCUCUUUCAAAAAGAGAAGGACCAAGCCAUAUUAAAUUAGAAAAUAGAAUUCCUUAGCUUAGAAUUGGAGGAAAGAAAGAAGGAAAAGCAAUAGUUCAAUUAAAUUUAGGAGAAGCUGAUUCACUCAUUGCAAAAUCAAGAGACACCUUCUAAGUAUAGAAUGGAACUGGAGACUUAGAGACAUCAGGAGACUAUGAAGAUAUAGCAGCUGGAGCAUGAAUUUAUGAGCCAGCUCAAGGAUCUAGAACAAAUGAAUGAUGACUUAAAACAUGAACUCUAACUUAAGACUGAGACUAUUAGGCAUUAUGAGACGUCAUAGAAAGAUGGACUAUAAUUGUCAAAGAAAGAAUACCAGGAGCUUACCAGAUAAAGAGAUGUCCUCUCAGACAAAGUGAAAGAGCUAGAAAAGAAAAACUAUGAAUAGCUAUUAGAGAAUUAGAAAGGCUUGGAGAGAAUCAGGUCAGAAAAGGAAAAUGAGAUGCAAGAGAUAGAGAGAUAGUAUCAAAGAGAAAUGGACUAAAUCAGAGAGAAAGCUGAAAAUUCACUUCAUCAACUAAAACAGUUCUAUGUAGUAGAGAAACAGACCAUUGAAUAGAAAUUAGUAGAUGAAAAGCAAAAGAAUAGUUAAAGAGCAUCUUUCUAUGAGUAGGAAAUGCUGUCUAAACUUAAGUAAGAGUAACAAUAAAAAGAUGAGGUCCUGGAGUGGCUAGAGAUUGAGAUGAAAGAUCAAGAGAUAGAGUAAAAGGCUAGAAUCAAUAACUUAGAACAAGACUAACUCCUCUACUAGUAAAAAAUUACAACUCUUGAAAAAUGCUUGAAUGAGACGAAGUAAAACUUAAAUCAAAUCUAUUCCUUUAACUCUGAAUUAAUCAAUCAACAGAUGGAGAGAUUUAACUAGGAAAGAUCUUACAUGAUAGAAAAAUUGGAGAGAUUACAGAGUGAGGUUAGAGAAAAGGAGCGUGACUAUCUAAACAGUGAGAGUUAAAAAUCCAGACUCAUUGAGUAACUUACUCUUAUUCAAAAGGAGUAUUCAGUUUUCAAAUAAAAGAUAGGGAUAACUGAGGAAAAUCAAAGAAUAAUGAAAGAUGACUUUGAUGAUGAGAUUAGUUAGUAUAAGUAUACACUUGGUGAGUAUUAGAAGUAACUUGAAAUCAUGCAGGACAAGUAUAAGUUGCUGGAGAAUUAUACUGAAGAUCUCAAAGACCAGAUCAACAGGUAGAAGUAGGAGCAUGUCCAUGAGUUAGAUCUCAAGAAACUGAAAGUAAAAGAAUGGAAAAACAAGUAUGAGCAAUAUAUAUAGAAGUAAAACGAAGAAAGAUUAAAGGCUAAACCUGAUAAUAAGUUCUUUGUUCAAGACAAUAAGGAGAAUAUUUAGCUGCCCAAUGGCAUGACACCUCAACAAAUGUUUAAAGCCACACAAGAUGAUAGAAGUUUCAUUCCUGAACACAUUUAUAUCAAGAUUAGGAAUAUUGAAAAGAACAAGGAUGGAAACAUAAGCAAGUAUGAGUUAGAAAUUAAUGAUAACUAGAGUGCCAAUAAAUAUGUUAUUACCAGAUCAGUUCAUUAGAUAUUUGGUCUCUUUCUAAGGAUUUAGGACUAUUUUAAUGAUCAGUAACUUGGCAAUAUAGAUGAACUGAAAAAGAUGCUCUUGGGCUAGACAGACAAAUACUGCAGUGAGGAAGUUAAAAAACUUUCGUUACAGCACUAUUUAAAUGAGAUAUACAGAGAUACUGAAAAGGUGUCACAGUCUAGCGAACUUAAGGCUUUUCUAUAGCUACAUAAAUUCUGUGGACUUAAAAACCCUAAUCAUAUAAAUUAGUCACAAGGGCCCUCAAUAUCUAACAAUUAAGAUUUAAUCUAGGCUCUUGGAAUUACUUAAUCAAGCAUGAUUUAAAACUCAAUAGAUAAUAUUGGUAUGAGUGAUAGUUAGUCAUUUGUUAGUAAGAUAAGCAUGGCUAACUCUCAGUCCUAAUUUACAACAUUCGAAAGUAUUGGGCCAUCUAAUAUAUAAGCCAACAAGAGAUAUGACUAGAUUCAAACCAAUGGCAAGAUUGAUUAUCAAGAACUAGAUAGGCUUUUGAGUAAUAAAAAUACCACGAAUUUGUUUAGAUGA